AUCAGCACUUGUAGAUAUUUGAAGAGGAGAGAAGAUCAGCACUGCAUCUGGAACUCCAUUCCCUUAAUGGACAUAUAAGAUUUGAAAGGUUAAGGACUGUGUUUGGUUCGGGUCUGCAUACAGAACCACUAGGGAGAUUCGAAAUGGACAAGGAGGAAAAACCCAUGAGUUAUGGAGAAGCCAUAAAGAAGGCAGCGAACGUGCUCCAGCGUUUCCCUCUGGUCGAGGUGCGAGGCAUUCCUCUCAUGAACUUGAUUGCUGAGAACUGGAGCUCGGUCUGGGAUUUCUGUCCAGAUCCGUCCGAUUUGCUCAUCUCCACUUACCCUAAAGCAGGUACCACAUGGACCCAGGAAAUAGUAGAUCUGCUGCUGAAUAAUGGAGAUGCCGAAAUUUGCAGGAGAGCUCCAACCUCCGAACGAAUCCCAUUUCUGGAGAUCUUUUCCCCUCCUCCAAUUCCAUCAGGGCUGGAACUAAUAAAAAAAAUGAAACCGCCCAGAUUCAUCAAGACACAUUUACCCAUACAGCUGGUGCCUGAAGGAUUCUGGGAAAAGAAAUGCAAGGUUAUUUAUGUGGCUCGAAAUGCUAAAGACAACCUGGUCAGCUAUUACCACUUUGAUCGAAUGAACCAGACUCAGCCAGAACCGGGUCCAUGGGAAGAAUAUAUUCAGAAGUUCAUUAAGGGAAAAUUGGCCUGGGGAUCGUGGUAUGACCAUGUGAAAGGUUACUGGAGAGAAAGAGAGAAGAGAAAUAUCCUUUACCUCUUUUAUGAGGACAUGAAAGAGGACCCUCGUCGAGAAAUAGUGAGAAUCAUGCAGUACCUGGACCUGUCGCUCCCCGACGACAUCAUCGACAAGAUCGUGGAGUUGACAUCCUUCAAUGUCAUGAAAGACAACCCAAUGGCCAACUACACGUUCAUCCCAAAGAUAGUGUUCGACCAGUCCAUCUCUGCUUUUAUGAGGAAAGGAGAGGUUGGAGAUUGGACCAACUACUUUACACCAGCUCAGUCCCAGAUGUUUGAUGAAGACUACACCAGACAAAUGGCUGAUGUAGAUAUUCCCUUUCGUACCAGCAUUUGAAGGCGUCAUUGAGAACCUGCGCUGGGAUAAACACUAACCAUUGAUACACCAAAUAAAAUGUGACAACUCAUAUUUUUAUGAAGGAUUUGUAAGAUGAAAAGAUCUCAAAGAUUGUACUGUGAUUACUAUAUAUAAAUGACAGAAAUCUAAAGACAACCAAAAACAGCAAUUUCUGACCGUUUCUUUUUAAAUGUUGCCGACAUAUUUUUUAAGCGUUUUGACCCAAAAAAUUAACACCUAAGUAAUAAACAGGAUGUUUUUGUGCA